CUGCUGCUUUUUCUGUCUUAAAACAGGAGCCUCCACAGUCAGAGUCUAGUUACUGAGUUGAUUUUCAUGAAAGAUUUGUUGCAGCCCUUUGAAGUAGCUGCUGGAGAACAGCACAAGAUUUGCACAGACAAAUGGAAGAAGAAUAUUAUUUAGAUUAUAAUUACACAUAUGAAUACCCUCAUGAAAGCAACGUCUGUGAAAUGGGUAACUAUUUCACAUUUAACAUCUAUCUCACUGCUGUCCUCUACAUUCUGGUAUUUUUCCUCAGUCUGCUAGGAAACACUUUGGUGUUAUGGAUCCUACUGAAAUAUGAAAACCUUACAUCUCUAACAAACAUCUUCAUCAUGAAUCUCUGUGUCUCUGAUUUAGUCUUCUCCUGCAUGCUGCCUUUUUGGGUAGUGGACCAGUCCUUUGGAUGGAUUUUUGGUGAGUUCCUUUGCAAAGCAUCAAAUGCUAUUUUCUCCAUUGGCUACUACAGCGGUGUUUUCUUUUUGACUCUCAUGACUGUCCUGAGGUACUUGUUUGUAGUGAACCCCCUUUCAACUCUGAGAUCCCAGACGCAGUGUUGCGGUGUCCUGGUGUCCUUGGCUGUUUGGACUGUUAGCACAUUGAUUGUGGUUCCUGAGGUGAUUCACACCACAGUGCAAGAAGGCUUGGAAGAGCGGAGGUUCUGUGAUUAUGCUGACGGGAAUUGGAAAAAGGUGGACAUUUAUGUGAGAAAUGUACUCUUCCUGUUUUCCUUUGGAGUCAUUGUAUUCUGUUACUUCAAGAUACUCAUAAUCCUGCUUAGAGCAAGAUCUCGCAGAAAGUACAGAACUGUGAAACUCAUCCUCAUUAUUGUGGUGGCUUUUUUCCUGUGCUGGGCACCCUACAACAUCCUCAGCUUUCUGACUACUUUUCCACCACCCACCUGUCAGUAUGUGAAAGACUCCAACCUUGCCUUUCACAUCAGCCGUAAAAUUGCUUUCUCCCACUGCUGCCUCAACCCUGUGCUCUAUGUAUUUGUUGGAGUCAAGUUCAAGAGGCAUUUGGCACAGUUAUGCAGUCUGUGUUUACACUGCAGCAAUGGUCAAACCUCCAGCCCCACGACCUGCGUUGAAGGCAAAUUCCAGCAUGAAGGGACAUCUCUCUACUGAAGCAAGACCUAAUUAUUAGGACUAAUCCUGAAUAAACUUUCCGAUUUUGCAUGUCAUGGACAGCCUCUAAUUCUUAGAGGUGCUUCCCUCAGAAAGACACACAAAUUUACUCUUUGCAAACAUGUUGUGUAUAGAAAAUAGCAAAAUGUAUUUGCAGUGGGAUAAAGAGAUGAGAAUGCCAAGAAAUUACUUCACUUGCCUGAAAGUCUUAAGUUCACAAUUUUUUGCACAGUGAGAUGGAUUUUCCCUCAUUUAUACUCUUUUGAAAAGAAACAAAAAUAGCUUUUUUUAUUUGGGUAUUAAAACAUCAGGAUUUAAUGUAAAAAUUGUUGCAUAUCUCUUUGUUACCUGACUUAAGAUUCUUGUAUAUUGCAAUGGACACUUACAUAUUGCAUGGAUUGUAUAUAGCAAUGGACACCUAGGUAUCUUUGUAAAUUUUAAUGUUUUUCACUGUUUAUCAGUGUACUCAUUGGUCCUUUUUUGUGGGGGGCGAUGUCUCUGGAUUAACUGUCCUGACAAUAGCUACAAGACCUGUGAGUUUCUGAAAUUCUCAGGGCAAAUGUUCUUCUACCUUUUGACGGAUAAAUAUAUAUAAAACUAGCUUUGUGUAAAAGUAGUCUUUGGGGUCUGAAAUUGAAAGUUUGGUAGAGCCUUAGAAGGAACACAAGCUGUUAAACAGAUACUUCACUAGGAUAAUAGUUUCCCUUCUGUUACUGCUCUUUGCCACAGGAUUCUUCCAGGCUUUGAAUAUCAUUUCAGAUGAUUGCAGCAGAUCAACAGCUCAUCUCUUGAACAGAGCAGGAGUAUAUUUUCCUCUAAUUGCUCUUUCCCUUCUUUUCUCCCUUUGCCACAGUCCUGAGAACACUUAAGCUUAUAAAUAAGUUAUAGUGCAAGAACAAAUGGCUUUUUAAAUAGUAGGAA